CACCUCCACUACCACAAACUUCUGCCAUCCACUCCACCACAUCAACCACCACCACAACCACAUCCAACCUCAAUACCUCCGCAAACCACCCACUUUCAAUCCCCAAUCCUCACCACCAAAAUGCCUCCCAAGCAAGCCGACAAGAAGCCCGCCGUCGCUGGCAAGACCCCGGCUGCUUCCAAGACUACCGAGAAGAAGGAGUCCAAGAAGCCCGCUGCCACUGGCGAGAAGAAGAAGCGCACCAAGACCAGAAAGGAGACCUACUCUUCCUACAUCUACAAAGUCCUCAAGCAGGUUCACCCCGACACCGGUAUCUCCAACCGUGCCAUGUCGAUCUUGAACUCCUUCGUCAACGACAUCUUCGAGCGUGUCGCUACCGAGGCCUCCAAGUUGGCUGCGUACAACAAGAAGUCGACCAUCUCCUCCCGCGAGAUCCAGACCUCCGUCCGCCUCAUCCUCCCCGGAGAGCUUGCUAAGCACGCCGUUUCUGAGGGAACAAAGGCUGUUACCAAGUACUCCUCUUCCACCAAAUAAACGAUCAACUUUCCGCUCUGAUGUACGGCACUUUCGCCUUUUGUUCUCACAUUUCUAUACGCGUUUGAUCGCGUAUUGAUUUGGGAAAUGAACGAAGUAGGUUGUGUUGGGCUGCAAAGUUUUAAUGUUUUCGGGUCUUGGAUGGAGGUUUCUGUUUUGCUGUGCAUUCAUUCAUGAUUUUUGUGUGCGUGUCCAACGAACUAAAACCUUUCUUUUACCUUUACCUUUUUGCGGUUUUUGUUCCUUUUCCGGUUUCUUCACGGUUUCCUGCUCUUUUUUUUGUUUUUUUUUUGUUCACGGGGUCAACGUCGUUCUUCCUUCAUUGUACUAUAACGGAUUGCUGGGUUCGAAUUUGAGGGAGUUUUUCUUUAUUAUUUUGUCUACCGCUCGCUAUACUGUCGGUAUCGGAUAAAUUACUAAAAAGGCGCCCUUUAUACCACGGCA